AAUUUGUCUAUUAGUAACCCAAAACAUAUCUAUGAACCCUCUAAAGACCCAUCAGCACACCCAUCUCUUCGUAGACUAAACAAGCAAGCUUAUGAACAGAUGAACACAAUGUCUAGAGCUAGUCUUUGUCAAGAAUAUCUUCAGGGAAGAACACCCAUUCAAGCGCUUUUAGAUAACCUUAAAAAAGGUCUAUUUGAAUACGAUUUUAUGUGCGAUUCAGAGGAUCAUAUAACUCAUCUUUUUUUCUCUCACAACAAAUCUAUUAAGUUAACUCAGGCAUAUCCUACUGUUUUAUUAAUGGAUUGCACAUAUAAAAUGAACAAAUUCAAGAUGCUGUUAUUAAACAUCGUGGGUGUAACAAGUUUUAAUAUAACUUUUUUUUCAUGCUUUGUGUUUCUUAAAAAUGAGAAUAAAGAAGAUUACGAAUGGGCACUUAUAUGGGUAUUCUGCUUGUUUAAUAGAAUUGACAAACCAAAGGUUAUCAUUACAGAUUGUGAACUAGCACUUGUUAAUGCACUUGAAAAAAAAGUAUUUCUCCAAGGUUGGACAAACGUAAUGAGGUCAAAGACGGAAGAAGAUUUCACAAUUCAAUGGCAGAAGUUAUGCACUAAUUAUGUGUACGAGCAGUACAUCAAAGCAUUAUCUGCUAAUCCUUUACCAACUUGCACUGGUUUGCCCUGUGUCCAUACGAUCAAAAGUCGUCUUGUGGCCCACCAAAUAUUAAAUAUUCAUGACAUUAAUCAACAAUGGUGGAUUGAUAAAGAUCAACAAGAUUUAGCCGAAGAUGAUUGA